CGCGGCCACCGCCGCGGCCACCGCGGCCGGCCGCCCUCGCCACCGCCGCGGCCACCGCGGGCCGGCCGCCGCUGCCACCGCGCCGCCCCGCGGCCACCGCCGCGGCCACCGCUGCCGGCCUCGCCGCGCCACCCGCCUCGGCCGCCGCGGCCACCGCCGCGGCCGCCGCGGCCACCGCGCUCCGGCCGCCGCGGCCACCCGGCGGCCACCGCGGCGGCCGCCGCGGGACACAGCGGCGGGCCGCCGCUGGGGCACCGCUGCGGCCAACGGGCGCCGCCGCGGCAAUUAGAGGCCAGCGCAGAGGGGCACCGCCGCUGCAGAGCGGGCCACGCCGCCGCCACCGCCGGGCGCAGCGGCCGCCGCGGCCACCACAGGGCCCGCGGGCCAACGCGCGGCAACCGCGGCGGCCGCGGCCACCGGCCCGAGUGCCAACGCGGCCGACGCAGGCCACCGCGGCACUGCCGCGCGCCGGCCUGUCGCGGCCAAAUCAAGAGGCCACCCGGAGGCCGCGCGGCGGGCCGCGAGGCCACCGAGCGUGCCGGCAGCCGCGGCCACCGCGGCCACCGCGCCACCCACCGCCCGGCCACCGCGGCCGCCGCCGCGCCGCGGCCAGCACGGCGCCGGCCCCUCGGCCACCCGCCCGGCCACAACCGCCGCGGCCGCCGCGGGGGCCACCGCCGCGCCACCGCGGCCGCCGCCGCGGCCACCGCGGCCGGCCUCCCCCCGCGGCCACCGCGGCCUGCCGCCGCGGCCACCCGUCGGCCGGCCGCCGCGGCCACCGCCGCGCCACCCGGCCGGCCCCCGGGCCACUCCGCGGCCCACCCGGCCACCGCCGCGGCCCCCUCGGCACCGCCGCCGUCCCGGCCGCCGCGGCGGCACCCCCGGGCCGUCCCGCGUCCACGGCCGCGGCCACCGCAAGCGGCCGGCCGCCGCGUCCAAACCGCCUCGGCCCCCGCAGCUGCCGGCCGCCGCGCCACCGCAGCGCCAACCCGGCCGCCGCCGCCUGCCACCGCGGCCGGCCGCCGCGGCACCGCCGCGGCCACCGCGGCAGGCCCCGCGUCCACCGCGGCCGGCCGCGCCGCGGCCACCCGCCGGCCACGCCGCGGCCCCGCCGCGGCCCCCGCGGCCGGCCGCCGCUGGCCCGGCCCGCGGCCACCGCGGCCGGCCGCCGCGGCCGCCCGCGGCCACCGCCGCGGCAAGCAACCCAGCCGCGGCAACGCGGCCCCCCGCGUCCGGGCCGCCCCGCCGCGGCCACGCGCCCGUCCACCCCGCCAGCGGGCCUCCGCGGGCCCAACACCGCGGCCACCAGCGCCCCCGCCUCGGCCGCCCGCCGCCGGCCACGCGCCUCGGGCCACCCGCCGCGGCCGCCCCGCACCGCGGGCCACCGCGGCGCCCGCCGCGUCCACCCGCGGGGCGGGCACCGCGGGGCACCGCCGCGGGCACCAGCCGCGGCACCCGCCGCGGCCACCGCCGCGGGCACCGCCGCCGCAGCCCGCCGCGGCCAGCGCCGCCGCGCAACCCGCUGGCCGCCCCCGCCGCGGCCAGCCGCCGCGGCCACACGGCCACCGCGGCCGCCCGCGCCACCGCGGCCGCCCUCCCGCCGCCGCCGCGCCGCCCGCCGCUGCCACCGCCUCGGCCGCCCGCGCCGCGCGCCGCGGCCAGCCGCCCGGCCCACCGCGGCGGCCACACCCCGGCCACCGCCGCGGCCGCCCGCCGCGGGCCACCCUCGGCCGACCGCCCGCGCCACCCGCCGCGGCCGCCCGCCGCGGCCACCCGCCGCGGCCGCCGCUGCCACCGCGGCCGCCCGCGCCACCGCCGCGGCGCCCGCGGCACCCGCCCUGCCACCGCCGCUGCCACCGCCGCUGCCGCCCGCCCGGCCAACCGCCGCGGCCACCCGCCGCGUGCGACCGCCGCGGCCCCGCGGCCACCGCCUCGGCCGCCGCGGGCCACGGCCCCCGCCACGCCGCGGCCGGCCACGCGCCGCGGGGCACCCGGCCGCCGCCCGUCCGCCGCCCCGCGGCAACCCGCCGCGGCAACACCCGCCGCGGCCACCGCGGCCACCCGCGGCCCGCCCGCGCGGCCGCCGCGGGCCACCGCCCGCCGCCCGACGCGGCCGCCGCGGCACCGCCGCGGCCGCCCGCCGCGUCACCGCCCGGCCGCCCGCCGCGCCGCCGCGGCCACCGCCGCGGUCCUCCCGCCGCGGCCGCCCGCCCGGCCAACCGGCCGCCGCCCAGCCGCUGCCGCCGCGGGGCCACCGCCCGCGCCUCCCGCCGCGGCCCCUCCGCCGCCACCGCCGGCGGCCGCCCCGCCGCGGCCACCCCGCGGCCAGCCCCCGCGGCCGCGCCGCCGCGGCCGCCGCGGCCACCCUCGGCCACCGCGGCGGCCACCGCCCGCCCGGCACCGCCCGCCGCGGCCACCUCGGCGCCCGCCGCGGCCACCGCGGCCGCCCGCCGGGCCACCGCCUCGGCCAGCGGGGGCCCGCCCGCCGCGGGCGCCCGCCUCGGCCACCGCCGCGGCCCCCCCCGCCCGGGCCGACCCGACCGCCUCCCGCGGCAACCCGGCCGGCCGCCGCGCACCGCGCCGCCCGCCGCGGCACCGCCUCGGCCGCCCGCCCGGCCACCGCUUAACACGCCGCGGCCGCCCGCCGCGGCCCCGCCGCGGGGCACCCGCCGCGGCCACCGCCGCGGCCGCCCCGCCGCGGCCCCGCCGCGCCCGCCCGCCGCGGCCACCGCCGCUGCCGCCGCGGGCCACCGCCGCGGCCACCGCCGACGCGGCCAACCGCCGCGGCCGGCCGCCGGCCACCGCCGCGGCCACCGCGGCCACCCCCGCGGCCCCCGCGGCCGCCCGCGCGGCCACCGCCCGCCGCCGGCCGCCGCGGGCCACCGCCCUCCCGCCACACGAGGCCGCCCGCCGCGGGCCACCGCUGGCACCGCCCCGGCCACCACCUCGGCCGCCCGGCGCGCCACCGCCGCGGCCACCGCGGCCGCCCCCCCCCGCCGCGCCACCGCGGCCGCCCGCGGCCCCGCGCCGCCCGGUCGGGUAGACCGCCGCGUGACGCCGCCGCGGCCACCGCCGCGGCAACCCGCCGCGACCACCGCGGCCGCCCCCGGCACCGCCGCGGCCACCGCCGCGGCCCCGCGGCCGCCCCGGCGCGGCCACCGCCCGGCCACCUCCGGCCGCCCGCCGCGGCCACCGCCGCCUCGGGCCAACCGCGGGGCCGCCCGCCGCGGCCCCCGCCGCCGCGGCCACGGCCACCGGCCCGCGUCCCCCGCCGCGGCCACCCAGCCGCGGCCACCGCCGCGGCCCCCCGCCGCGUCCACCCGCCGCGGCCUCCCGCCGCGGCCCCCCGCCCGCGCGGCCGCCGCCCGCGGCCACCGCGGCCGCCCGCCGCGUCCACCGCGGCCCCCGGCCACACCGCCGCGGCCGCCGGGCCGCCGCCGCGGCCACCGCGCCGCCGCCCCCCCCCCCGCUCCACGCGGGCCGCCCGCCGCGGCCACCGCGCCGCCCCCCGCCGCGGCCCCCGCGUCCGCCCGCCGCGCCACCGCGGCCGCCCGCCGCGGCCCACCGCUGCAGGCGCCGCUGCCACCGCCGCGGCCCCGCGGGGUCGGGCACCCGCCGCGGCCACCGCCCGCGGCCGCCCGCCGCGUCCGCCGCGUCCACCCUCCGCGGCCACCGCGGCCGCCCGCCGCGCCACCGCUGGCCGCCCCGCCGCGGCCACCGCUGCCGCCCUCCGCUGCCACCGCGCCGCCCGCCGCGCCACCGCCUCGGCGGGCCACCGCGCGGGGCCGCCCGCCGCGCCACCGCGCGGCCCGCCCGCCGCGGCCACCCCGGGGCGCCCGCCGCGGGCCCACCUCGGGGGCGGCACCCGCCGCUGCCACCUCCCGCCCCCCGCCGCGGCCGCCGCCCGCCGCGGCCACCCGCGGGGGGCGGGCACACCCGCCGCGGCCACCGGCCGCCGGCCAACCGGCCCUCGGCCACCGCGGCCGCCCGCCGCGGCCACCGCGGCCACCGCGGCCCACGCGGGCCACGCGCCGGCGGCCACCGCGGCCCCCGCCGCGGCCAACUGCGGCCGCCCGCCUCGAGCCCCCGCGCGGCCGCCCGCCGCGGCCCCGCGGCCGCCCGCCCGGGCCCCCGGCGCGAGACGCCGCGGCCGCCGCGGCCACCGCCCCGGCAAACCCGCCGCGACCCCGCGCCGCCCGCCCCGCCCGGCCCCGCCGCGGGGCCGCCGCGGGGCCACCGCCGCGGCCACCGCGCCGCCCGGCGCGGCACCGCCCGGCCCCGCGGCCGCCCGCCGCGGCCACCGCGCCGCCCGCGGCACCGCGGCCGGCCCGCCGCGCCACCGCCGCGGCCGCCGCCGCGGCCGGCCCGCCGCGGCCACCGUCCGCGGAUGCCACCCGCCGCGCCACCGCCGCGGCCCCCCUCCGCGCCACCGCCGCUGCCGCCCGCCGCGGGCCACGCGGCCUCCCCGGCCACCGCGUGCCUCCCGCCUCGGCCCACCGCGCCGCCGCGGCCCCCGGCCGCGCCGCCGCGGCCACCGCCCGGCCGCCCGCGGCCACCGCCGCGGGGCCUCCGCGCCACAGCGGCCGCCCGCGCGGCCACCGCGCGUGCCCCCGCCGCGGCCACCGCCGCCCCCCCCGGCCCGCCGGGGCCCACCGGCGCGCCACCCCGCCGCGGCCACCGCGCCUGCCGCCGCGGCACCGCGUCCCCCCGGCCACCGCCGCGGCGCCGCCCGCCGCGGCCACCAGGCGGCGCGUCCGCGGCCGGCCGGCCACCGCGGCCGCCCGCCGCGGCCGCGGGGGCGGGCACCCGCCUCGGCCACCGCGGCCGCCCGCCAGCGGCCGCCGCCGCGGCACCGCCGCGGGCAACCCGCCGCGGCCCGGCGCCCGCCCGCGGCCCACCCGCCCGGGGCACCGCCGCGGCCACCGCCGCCUGCCUCCGCCGCUGCCACCGCCGCGGCCCCGCCGGGGCCACCGCCCCGCGCUGUGCGCCCGCGGCCACCGCCCGCCUCGGCGGCCACCGCCGCGGCCCCGCCCGCCACCGCCGCGGCCAGCCGCGGCCCCGCGGCCACCGCGGCCCGCCCGCCCGGGCCACCUCCCGCCGCGGCCGCCGCGCCCCCGCCCGCCUCGGCCACCACCUCGGCCGCCCGCCUCGGCCACCGCCGCGGCCGCCGCGGCCACCGCCGCGGGCCGCCGCGUGCCGGCCCACGCGCACCGCCGGCCGCGGCCACCGCGUCCGCCCGCCGCGCCAUCCUCGGCCACCCCGCUGCCACCGAGGCCGCCGGCGCGGCACCCGCCUCGGCCACCCGGCCGCCCCGCCGCGGCCCCCGCGGCCGGCCGCCCGCCGCCGCCACCGCGUCCCCCCCCGGCCACCUCGGCCGCCCGCCGCGGCCCAAGCGCGCGCGGCCGCCCCCGCGGCCACCAGCGGCCGCCGCCAUCCCGGCCACCCCGGCAGGCCGCCGCGGCCACGCCUCGCCCCCGGCGGGCACCCCCGCUGCCACCGCGGCCGGGCACCCGCCGCGGCCACGGCCCGCCUGCCGCCCGCCGCGGCCACCUCGCGCGGCCACCGCGGCCGGCCGCCCCCGCGGCCACCGCGGGCCGCCCGCCGCGGCCACCGCGGCCCGCCCGCCGCGGCCCCGCGCGGGCCCGCCCGCGGCCACCGCGGCGGGCGGCCCGCCGCGGGCCACCGCCGCGGGCACCGCCGCGGCCGCCCGCCGCGGCCACCGCCGGGGGCCCCGCCCGCCGCGGCCACCGCGGGGGGCGGGCACCCUCCCGCGGCCACCGCGGCCAGGCGCCGCGGGCCACCGCCCGGCCCCUCGGGCGGCACCCUCCGCGGCCCCGCCCGGCCGGGCGUCCGCCCGCCGCGGCCGCGCCCGCCGCGGCGGCCACCGCGGGCGGGCACCCCGCCUGCGGCCCACCGGCCGCGGCCACCCGCGGCCGCCCGCCGCGGCCACCGCGGCCACGCCCGCGGGCCCCCGCGGCCCACGCGCCGCGGCCACCGCGAACCCGGCCCCACCGCCGCGCCCCGCGGCCGCCCAGCCCGUGCCACCGCGGCCGCCCGCCGCGGCCACCGCGGCCGCCCCGCCGCGGCCACGCCCGCGGGCGCCGGCGCGGGAGACCCGCGCGGCCCGCGGCCACCGCCGCAUCCGCCGCGGCCACCGCCCGCCGCGGCCACCGCCGCGGCCCCCGCCGCGGCCACCCCCGCGGUCCGCGGCCACCGCCGCGGCCACCGCCGCGGCGCCGCGGCCACCGCCCGCCCGGCCACCGCCGCGGGCCGCCCCCUCCUGCCACCGCCGCGCCGCCGCGGCCUCCCCUCCGCGGCCACCGCGGCCGGGCACCGCCGCGGCCACCGCCGCGGGCGACGCCGCGGGCCGCCGCCCGGCCACCGCCUCGGCCACCGCCGCGGGCGACCGCCGCGGGCCGCCCGGCCCCGCCCGCGCCACGCGCCCGGCCACCGCGGCCCCACCGCCGCGCCGCCCGCCACGGCCACCGCCGCGGCCACCGCCGCUGCCACCUGCGCCGCCGCCGCGGGCCACCGCCGCGGCCGCCCGGCCACACGCCCUCCGCGGGCCAACGCCGCGGCCGCCCCCCGGCCACCGCCGCGGCGCCCGCCUCCGCCAACCUUCCCGCGGGCCGCCCGCCCACGGCCACCGCCGGGCCCCUCCGCGGCCCACCGCCCCGGCCACCCGCCGCGGCCCACCGCGGCCGCCGCCCGGCCACCUCGGCCAUCCGCCCGCCUCGGCACCGCCCGGCCCGCCGCGGCCACCGCCCGCCCGGCCCGCGGCCACGGCCGCGCCAGCCGCGUGCCAACCGCGGCCGCUCCCGCCGCGGGCCCCCGCCGCGGCGCCACCCGGCCGCCGCCGCGGGCCACGCCCGGCCGCCGAGGGCCCACGGCCCGCCGCGGCCACCGCCGCUUGCCCCGCCCGCCGCGGCCACCGCCGCGGCCCGCCGCUCCGCCACACCGCCGCGGCCGCCCGCCACGGCCACCGCCGCUGCCACCGCCGCGGGCCACCGCCUCGGGGCCACCGCGGCCGCCCGCCCUGCCACCGCCGCUGCCGCCGGCCCACCGCCCGCCGCGGGCCACCGCCCCGGCCUCCGCGGCCACCGCCCCGCCGCGGCCCACCUCGGCCACGGCCUCGCCAGCCGCGGCCACCGCGGCCCGCCAGGCCACGCGGCCACCGCCCGCGGCCACCCCGCGCCCGCCGCGGGCCACCGCCCGCCGCGCCACGCGGCCGCCGCCCCCGCGGCCAGCCGCGGCCACCCGCGGCCACCGCCGCGGCCACCGCCCGCCGCGGCACCGCGGCCGCCGCCGCGGCCACCGCCGCGGCACCGCCGCG